AUGCGCUCAUUUGGUCAACAUUUGGUUCAAAAUUAUGGUUAUUUUCAAGGUGAUGUAGAAGCAUUGGAAAAAGCUGCAACUUCCCCCUCGUCAUCUUCCGUACCAAAGCUACAACAUUUGAUAAUCACAAAUAAUGCACCAUUGAAUGUAAUUCCAAAUAUUGUGAAAAAACAGACAUCGGUGAGAACACUCAUUUUCACAAGCAAGCUUAAAAUAACCAAGCUACCCAAAGAUCUCUUCCAAAAGCUCAAGCUCUUGCGAAUUUUGGAUAUAAGCAGCUCUGAUUGUAGAGUCCUACCAAAAUCUCUAUUCAAGCUCCUCCACCUGCGUCACCUAAAUCUCUCAUGUUUGCCCAUCAAGACACUUCCAGAUGCUAUAGGGAAUCUCAUCAAUCUACAACACUUAAUCCUCAGGUACUGUGGAAGUCUACUAAACCUCCCUGAGAGUAUGACAAGAUUGCACAAGCUCAGGAGCAUUGACGUUCACCAAACACCACUGACAGGCAUGCCAAUUGGGAUAUCUAAACUAUCUCAAUUGACUAGUUUCGUUGGAUUCGUGGCAAGUGACUCCUCAAGUUACGAAAGAUUAACAGAAAUUAGCAAUCUAAAGAAGCUACAAACCCUCCACAUUGUGAAUUUGGAGGUUCCCAAUUUUCUUGAUAGCAUGGUACUCCCAGAACAUAUUAAUCUCACUGAUCUCACGCUAUCUUGUCGAGGAGAGGGUCAACCAUAUGAAGAAGGCGAGAAGAAAGAAAUGCAAGAGUGCUUUGAGGGUCUAUACCCUCUGUCUAAAUCAAUCCAACAUAUCAAGAUCAAUGGUUACUUCGGCCUAAAAUUCCCUCGAUGGAUCAUGGAUUUACGUUUUGGUAAAUUGAAAAGCCUUGAGUUGCUCAAGUGUAAAUAUUGCACGGAACUUCCAUCGUUGGACGGGCUUCCUUUGUUGGAACAUAUUCGUGUCGAAGAUGCGUGUGUGGGAAGAGUGGACAUGGGAGACACAUCAAUCUCAUUCGGUGAUGCCUGUCCUCAAAUUACUGGAGAUCAUCAACUGUCCAAAGCUCAGGUCCCUUCCUCAAGAUCUUGCAUAUCAUGCAAAAAGUUUGGCCACUCUCACAAUCUACAAAGCACACAGCCUUGA